UUUCGAAAGCUGUAGUGUAGAUGAAAAUGUAGAUGUUUACUUUUGUUUUAUCACAUGAAACAGGCUAAUACUUGCUUUUGUUAGAUGUAUCGUUUAAAUGAUGUAUAGGCGGAACUGAUGAGGAGUAGAAAACAUACCUGCCGGGUUUAUAAUAAACUGACUGAAUCAAGUAUGGCUCUUUACAAUAUUACUAACUAAAGAUGAUGGAGGAUUUCUCAGGUCUGGCUUUGCCUCCUCUGUUCGGGGGUCACAUUCUGGAAGCGGAGCUGGAGACAGGCGGCGUGGAGCUGGGCCCCAGCGGCAGUGAGCUCCUGGAUAACGAUGGGGCCCCGUCGGGCCCCGCACAGGACGGGGAAGAUGAGAGGAGAGAGCUGGACAAGAGCAAGUAUCACGCUCUCAGCAAGAGGUGCAAAGAGAUUGAACAGGUAAAUGAGAAGAUUUUGGGACGGCUUCACCAGGUGCAGAGACUGACACGCCGACUGAGGAAAGAAAGAAGGUUUCUGAUGAAGACUCUGGACUCGUACGGAGAUGAUUACAGAACGGCACAGCUCACCAUCACACUGGAGGAUGAAGGGAAGGCUGGUUUAGAUGCAGCUGUUGGUGCUGAUGAAGACGGCUCUUCUCCAGCGUUUCCUCAUCAGUCAGCAGCUGGACCAAAGAAAAAGAGGCACAGGGUCCCAAAGGACAGAGAGCGAGACGCACAGAUGGAGUCGGAGCAUCCGGUCAUGACCGAGGGUCAGUUCCCAGGAUUCCCCAGCCCUAGUUCCCUGUCCCACUGAGGCUCAUCAGCAUGCCUGAAAUCACUGAACUCUUUUUCGGGGAUGAAUAAGAAUUUUUUCGUU